CAAGACUCGUUAAGCGACCAUAUUUUAUUGACUCUGCUCUCGCACUUGCGAUGUAACACCAACCAGACAAUAACUCUAACUCUAAAGAGUUAUCUCUGCUGAUUUUUUAAAUUUCACUUAAAUUAACAUGUGUUUUUUAUUCGCUAAAAUAAAAUCAGUGUAAAUAAAUAGAAUAAAUAAAAUAAAUGUAUGUUAAAUUAUUAAGUGCAAAUUAAUCUGCAAUGUAUCGAAUAAGCAUCGAUAUAAGUUCUUUCGAAAAUUACUGCCGAUAAUUAUCACUUAUCAGUCAUUUAUCAAUCAUCCAUUGAUAAUGGCUGCUCUUAAUAAACUUAAACGUAGCAGUGUUCAGCUACGACAUGCCGCAUUAGAAGUCAGAGCGGCAGUUCGAGCUCGGCAUAUAGUCGCAGGACUUGUAGCAGUAGGUUUUGCCCUCUGCGGUGCUGUUGAAGUUAGUUCCUCGGUAGCAUUAUUAGCAAACCAAGAAGACAACCAUGCUAUCAUUGAUACAUCGUGGCAUUGUGAUAUGUUGGUCAACAUCAGUAGUCGAAAUCGUACUGAAGAUUUUGAAGUUAUUCUUCUAGAAUUACCCCAAGAAGAACGUGCUGAGUCAAUCAUGAGAGAAGCAUUUCUAUGGGGUCAAGUAGCAGGUCCAAUCCUUGGCGGUUGUCUUGUUUGGGGAAGAUCUGGACCAUCAAUGGUUUUCUCUCGAGCUGUUCUAGGUGCUUGUUUAGCUUCUAUACUUGUACCAGCAGCGUGGAGAGGUCCUUCACAUGUUGCUUUACGACUUUUUCAAGGACUUUGCACAGGUGCAACAAUGCCAGCUGCUCAUAUGUUUGCUAUGACAUGGUUCAAAAGUAACCAUCGAAGUUGGUACUUCAGUUGUUAUGCCGCCGUUAGUGUUGGUUACUGUUUAACCGGCUGGAUUGGUACAGCCGCUGUAAGAUCCUUCGGCAGGGACUCUUUGUGUUACGGAUUAGUAUUUAUAGCACUUUGUUGGUACUUUACAUUUGGUCAUUUUGUAAAAGACACUCCAAAGUCGUAUCAACAUGAUACUACGGGAGCCGUAAUACCUUGGGGUAAAUUAUUGAGAUCUGUUCCGGUUUGGGCAUCCGCGGUCGCUACGAUGGGCAACCAGUGGGGUGAUGCUACCCUAGCCCUUGGCAUGACUAAAUAUCUCAAACUUAUUUAUGGAUUUUCAACAGCAAAUAAUUCAGUAUUGACCACAUUGCCUCACAUCGGCCACUUCAUGGCAGCUCUGACAUGUGGUCUUCUCGUUGACCACGUUCGCGAAUCAGGCAUUGUCUCGACGACAACUGCAAGAAAAUUGGUCGUCUAUACAGCUCAUUUCAUACCUGCUGCAUUGUUGUUCGUCGCCGGAUACGCGGGUUGUCAAGCUCUUGGAGCAGCUUGGUUGGGAAUAGCCGCACUACUAGUUUCCGGUACUGCCCCGGCUGGUGCUCUUGCAGCAAUUGCUGAUUUAGCUCCCGCUGAAUCUCCAGCUUGUGCAGCAGCUGCCUGUGCUCUGUGCUCUACCUUAGGUGCUGCUGGAUUACUUGCUGCUAAUUAUUUUGUUACCCAAGCGCUCCAUGGAUCGAUCGCUGGGUCAUGGCGCCUCGUAUUUGGCGUAGCAUCGCUGGUUCUUUUAAUAACCGCAGCAGUUUUCUUGGCCUUAGGAAAAGGCGUACCUCAACCGUGGAUUCCUUCAGUCGCACGUCCACGCAGUCACGAUGUAAUUUAUGAACAAGACGCAUUCGAAUUAGACUACGAAGACGUCGCUGUACAAACAGAGCCCUACAACUCUUACUCUCUUGACGAAGAUAUCGAGAGUAACAGUAAAGACAUACCACGAUCGACAUCGAUUCAAUCAAAAUUAUCAAUCGCGACAUCUACUGUUAAUUAAUUAUUAAAUAUAAAUUAUAUGUAUAUUUUUUAAC